UUCAAAUCCUCGCUAUAGGCAUAUUUCUUUCGAGCCUUCCAAUAUAGUCACUCGCCUCUGGCAGGCCCGCACUUCCCCCGCUGUAGUAGCAUUCAGGGGGGUAAUGUACCACCAUGGUCCCCGCUACUAGCACAUCCUGGUCCUCACAGUUACUCGCUCCCCACAAUGCUCCCCUCGUCUGUGGCUCCCUCAGCUACAGUCACCGAUGCUCGCGGCGCGAGACCACACUCGUAGCGGCCAAUCUGCGGAAUUCGCCAACCACAAAUCCUGGCCGUAGAUUAAGUUCUAAGUCGCCGCAAAGCAAGGCUGGUCGAUUGACCCGCAGCAAGAGCGCGGCUCCUAAUACCGCGUCCUUGAGUGGCAGCAGGAGAGGUAGCGUCCACGCCGACUCUAGGCAGAAUCACUGGGUUAGCAACAGUGACGCGGGUGCUCGAUCACCGUUUAACGGAGCAGCUACUAACGCGCGCGUCAACCAGGGAGCUACCACGAAAAGCACUAGGAGUAGCGACACUGACGGUGGCAGCAUGAGCGGCCGUGACACGAGCGUGAAAGCCGCCGCGAGCGACGCGGCGGGUGGCAGCGCGGCUGGUAGUCAGGUGUUCGCCGUGACUGGCGCUACAGGUGCAGGUUCUUGGGCUCUCAUCUGCUGCACCAGCUGCUAGCAGCAGGCCACACUGUCAGGUGCCUCUGCAGACAACCCAACGCCCUGCCGCCCCACCCAAACAUGCAGGUAGUCUUGGGCUCUCUUGAAGACCCCUCCGCCCUCGACUCCCUCCUCCAAGGCUCAUCCGGCCUCUUUCACCUAGCCGGAAUCGUCACCCACUCACGCGCCGCCACGUCAUCCCCACAACCCACUCUCGCCCAAACCACCAUCGACGGCACGCUAGCUAUUCUCCACGCGGCUUCUAAAGCCGGAGUUAAUCGGGUGGUCUACGCCUCCACCUCAGGAACUGUAGGGGCGAGUAGGGAUCCUGGACAGGUGGCGAGCGAUGAUUCGCCGUAUGCUAUGGGUGUGGUGGGGGGAUGGCCGUACUACCGGGCGAAGAUAGAGGCGGAGGAGCGGGCGAGGGCGUAUGCAGAGGGGCUUGGAAUGGAGCUGAUCUGCAUGCGACCGACCCUCAUUCUGGGGCCAGGCGACUAUCGCCUCAGCUCGUGCCGCACUGUACUUGACAUCAUGGAACGACGCAUCCCCUUUGUGCCACCUGGCGGGCUCUCAUUCGUGGACGUGCGGGACGUGGCCACUGCUUUCACCGCUGCAAUGCAGUCCGCACCUCCCAGCUCCACAUACCUCCUGGGAGCUGUCAACAUGACUCUAUCCGAUUACUUCCAGCUCAUCGCGCGCUAUGCUGACGUGGUGCCACCCUGGCUGUCUGUGCCGCCACGUGUCGCGUGGGUAUUGGCCGCCGCUGCAUCGAAACUCCUGCCCCUAAUUGGCCGGAAGGACCCAUCCCUUGACCCUGUAGUGGUUGAGAUGGCUCAGGUUUUCUGGUACAUUGAUUGGAGCCGGGCAGAGAAGGAGCUUGGCUUCUCACCUCGGCCAUAUGAGGAGACAGUUGCUGACACGGUGGUAUGGCUUCGAGAACACAGGAGGGAGCUGAGCGGUUGACUGAGAGGUGCUGCUGCUGCUGCUGCCAUAUUGUUACAUUUGCAUGCCUUCUUGGGAUCAACCACCCCGGCCAUAUGAGUCAACAGUUGCCGACUCUGGAGACACUGCUACAGUGGCAGUGCAUUAGCUGAAGCUUUGGUUGAUCUCUCAACUUGAGAUGUACAGUAGCCCUGAUUGGAAACGAAUGAUGGUACAGUAGCCAUCGAAAUAAGGUACAGCAAGUGAUGCAUAAUAUGUUAGGAGAGGGUUUAGCUAGGUAGGAGAAUUUUAGCGAGAGAAAAGAGAGUUGACUAGGAGAGAGAGAGAGGCACAAGAAGUGGAUCGUUCCCUCUACAAUAGGAUCCAGCCAUUUGUAAAACCAGGGCCUCAGCUAGGAUUUUGGGCAUCCUGUCUACUCAGGGCUAGGCCUUAAAAACAUGUGCAGUGGUCAGGGUUGGACGUCAAUGGUCAUACUGUUUUGUCAGGGUUGGGAUCCAG